CGCUAAUGUCGAUCGCCGAUAUUCGAAUCGCUGACGACUUGAAUGUUGGGAGACGGCCGUCCACUGAAUGCAGCCGAGAUUCUCACCUUCUCGAUGCGUCUACGUUGUACUACCAAAAGGACUUUUUUCUCGAUCUCCUUCCUUCUCCCCCCUGCAGUGUUGUUCUCACCUUGUUGGGUGAUCGGGCCGCCCCAUUGCCCAGACUAUGGCGCUCAUUCGACAUGAGUAUCACGAAGAAAGUCUCCGGACACUGCACACAUAAGCGAGUCACUGAAGUGUGCGGAGAGUUCCUUGGGUGAGUAUUACCGUCGGACCCAUCUUCCACAGCUUAGAAAUCCAGUCGAGCCUUGAUGGCUACUACUGUCACUGCAGUGUCGUCGAACAACGCAUGGGCCGAUGGUCUGCCACAUGCCAUGAUUGGUAAAACCUCUUCUCCGUGUUAAUAAUGCUCCAGGGUGGAAAUAACCGCCGUUAUCUCCUCCGGGCCAUUGCCUUGCCUAGGUAUAUUUCCGUUCGCUGGUGUUCUUUUCCCUCCUGCUAUGCUAUGCUUUGUUGUCCGUCUUGCCGGUCGUUCCCCCCUGGAUUUGACUUGUCUAUUUUGUCGCUCUCGAUAACCCUAGAAGCAAGGGCCUAUCACUUCAAGGUCUCGCUGGUUUCCCCCCGUUUGGCCUGAGCCCUAGCGACAAGGGACGCCUGCCCUGUUGAGAGGCAUCUCGUGCCAUACAUAAGGAUAAUAAAAACCAUGUUCAGCGCUCACAGCAGUGACACGUUCAGACGCCGCUACGGCCACCAGGAUUCAACUGUCAAUAACCUGCACAAUAUUGAAGGGCGAGAUCGGUUCGAUCAUAAUGUCGACCCAACACAACCAGCUAGUGCGUCUACCAUCUCAUCAACGAGCCAUGACAGCCAGGAACCCGAUGGAACCUGGGGGGAGCGCGACGUUGGAGGGCCCAUCCGUCGGGAGGAAGCCAUGGCCGACUUUGAGGAGAUGAGGAGAGAGCUUACGAGGAUGAGCUUACAGCGCUCUUUAACACGCGAAUCGAGGAAGACCCUACCUCAUCUUUCUCUCACUCGGUCAAGGACUCGCUCAUCUAUGGCCGGCAGUUUUAAAACGUCGGCGGCCCAGGACAAAGAGGCUGGUCUUGAACCCGCGGAAGAAACAGACCUCGAUCUCGGUGCGUUUCUGAGAGAGGGUCGGUUUGAGAAGAGGACCGACAAUGGAGAGUCUGCAAAGAAGAUUGGCGUGGUGUACAAACAUUUGACGGUCAAAGGAGUGGGCGCCCAAGCCACGUUCAUCAAAACCUUGCCUGAGGCAAUCUUAGGGACCUUUGGACCUGACCUAUACCGACUCGUCUGCAGAUUCAUCCCAGCCUUGAGAUUUGGCAAGAAGCCCCCGACCAGAGACCUGAUCCGGGACUUUACUGGAGCCGUUCGUGAUGGCGAGAUGAUGUUGGUGCUCGGUCGACCGGGCUCAGGAUGCUCUACAUUCCUCAAAGUCAUCGCCAAUCAAAGAGACAGCUAUGCGGCCGUCGAAGGCACGGUGAGCUACGGGGGGAUCUCGGCGGAAGAGCAGAAAAAACAUUACAGGGGCGAAGUCAACUACAAUCCUGAGGACGACCACCAUCUCCCAACCUUGACGGUGUGGCAGACGUUGAAGUUUGCCCUGAUGAACAAGACGAAAAAGCAUGAAGCUGACACGAUCCCCAUAAUUGUCGACGCUUUGAUGAAGAUGUUUGGUAUUUCCCACACCAAGCACACCCUAGUAGGGGACGAGUAUGUGAGAGGCGUCUCUGGCGGAGAGCGAAAACGAGUGGGAAUUGCCGAGACAUUGGCCACCAAGUCCAGCGUGGUCUGUUGGGACAACUCAACACGGGGCCUGGAUGCAUCCACGGCCCUGGACUAUGCCAAAUCUCUCCGUGUCAUGACCGAUAUAUCCAACCGUACAACCAUCGUCACUCUGUACCAGGCUGGCGAAGGGAUUUACAAGCUGAUGGACAAAGUCUUGGUCAUCGAAGAAGGACGGAUGAUCUACCAAGGCCCGGCGAACCUUGCGCGGCAAUAUUUCCUUGACCUCGGCUUCCACGCUCCGGAACGUCAAACGACACCGGAUUUCUUGACUUCGAUAGGUGACCCGAAUGAGCGCCAGUUCCAGCCGGGCAAGGAGGCCUCGACGCCCAAGACGGCAGAGGAACUUGAAGCGGCUUUUCGCCAGUCCUCAAUCUACCAGCAGACUCUUGCCGACGUUGAAGCCUAUGAGAGAGAUCUACACGCAUCGGAGUGCCAUAACACGAAAGUGUUUCAAGAGGCAGUGCAAGAACAAAAGAGCAACAGCCGGAUGCUGCCAUCGCACUCCAGCUACACGGUUUCGUUCUGGCGGCAAGUCAUGGCCUGCACCAUCCGGGAAUACUGGCUCUUCUGGGGUGACAAGACCUCGCUGUACACCAAGGCCUUUGUCAUCAUUUCCAACGCUCUGAUCAUUGGAUCGCUCUUCUAUGGCGAAAGCCUCGACACCUCGGGCGCAUUUUCUCGCACUGGAGCUCUGGUCUUCUGCGUCUUGUUCCUAGGUUGGCUCCAAUUGACCGAACUCGUACGCGCGGUGAGUGGACGAGUUGUGGUCGCCCGCCACAAAGACUACGCCUUCUACCGACCCAGUGCAGUUGCAAUUGCACGUGUACUUCUGGAUCUGCCCGUGAUCGCCGUGCAGACCGUCGUGUUCGUUCUCAUUCUGUACUUCAUGGCCAAUCUCGACCGCGACCCCGGCAAGUUCUUCAUAACUUUAUUGUUUGUCUACAUCAACACCAUCUGUGUGACCGCGCUAUACCGGAUGUUCGCAGCCUUGAGUCCGACCAUUGACGAUGCGGUGCGGUUUUCGGGUCUGGCGUUCAACAUCUUGAUCUUUGUCAUGGGCUAUGUGAUACCCAAACAGACGCUGAUCAACAAUGUCAUCUGGUUCGGCUGGAUGUAUUAUAUCAGUCCUAUUGGAUUUGCCUACGAGGCUGUGCUGACCAACGACUUCUCCGGUCGCACCAUGGAGUGCUCACCGUCUGAGUUGGUGCCGCAGGGUCCGAAUGUCGACCCGGCUCAUCAAGGCUGUUCACUCGCCGGUGCAAGACUGGGCAGCAACACUGUCAGUGGAGACGCAUAUCUCGAAACAUCGUUCGGGUAUUCCAGGUCUCAUCUGUGGCGCAACCUUGGUGUCGUGAUUGCAUUUACCGUCUUGUACAUUCUCGUCACAGCCUUGGCAUCGGAGAUUUUCUCGUUUGCAAAAGAAGGCGGUGGUGCGUUGGUAUUUAAGAAGACACGGAAGGCCAAGAGAAAGAUGCUGGAAGAGAUCAAGCCCUCUGACGAGGAGAAGGGGACACCCGUGGCGACAGCAGCAGCAGCAGCAGAACCAAGUUCGAGUGGAUCCUCCCAGACUCUGGCAUGCCAGAAGGAAGGCCAAGACGGUGACAAGGACGAUGAUGGCGUUGGUGGAAUUGCCCCGAGUAAGAGCGUCUUCACCUGGGAGAACGUGCAAUGUGAAGUGCCGUACCACGGCGGGAAACGAAAACUGCUCAACGGAGUGUACGGGUACGCCAAACCAGGGCUGAUGAUUGCACUCAUGGGCGCCAGUGGGGCGGGCAAGACCACUCUCUUGAACACGCUGUCACAAAGACACAGCACCGGCACCAUUUCCGGGGACAUGCUAGUUGACGGACGUCCCUUGGGGAUCGAGUUUCAGAGAGGAACGGGGUAUUGCGAACAGCGUGACAUCCACGACGAGACGGCGACGAUCCGAGAGGCGCUCGAGUUCUCGGCCAUUCUACGGCAGGACAGAAGCGUGCCCAAGCACGAAAAGCUCGCGUACGUCGACAAGAUCAUUGAGCUGCUCGAACUGGACGACAUCCAAGACGCCAUCAUCGGCUCCUUGGGCGUCGAACAGCGCAAGCGCUUGACGAUUGGCGUCGAGCUAGCGGCCAAGCCGGAACUUUUGUUGUUUCUGGACGAGCCAACAAGCGGUCUGGACGCUCAGUCUGCAUUUUCAAUUGUGCGGUUCCUCAAGAAACUGUCGCGCGCAGGCCAGGCGAUCGUGUGCACGAUCCACCAGCCGUCGUCGAUGUUGAUCCAGCAAUUCGACAUGGUCCUGGCCCUCAACCCGGGCGGCAACCCGUUUUAUUUCGGUCCGAUUGGCGAAAACGGAUCGGCAGUCGUGGACUAUUUCGCCAAGCGCGGCACCGUAUGUCCGCCCAACAGGAAUGUGGCCGAGUUUCUGCUCGAGACGGCAGCCAAGGGAGGCAAACGCCGCGCGGACGGCAGUCGCGUCGACUGGAACAAGGAAUGGCUCGAGUCGGAGGAAAACGCGGCAGUGUUGGAAGAGAUCCAACGGUUGAAACAGGAGCGAGCGAAGAACCAAGCACAACAAGACGAAAAGAACAAGUCGAGCACCGGCAACGACAAUCACCAAGAACAAGUUGUUCCUCUCCGCGCAUUCGCCGCGCCCGUAUCUCAACAAACAUACGAGCUAACAAAGCGGACAUUCCGGCAAUACUGGCGCGACCCAUCCUACCUAUACGCAAAGCUAUUCGUCAGCGUGAUUAUUGGGUUAUUCAACGGCUUCGCAUUCUACAAUCUCGACGAUUCCGCGACAGGGCUCCAAAAACGCAUGUUUACUCCCUUUAUGAUCGUGUUGAUUCCCCCCACAAUCGUCAACGGCGUCGUCCCCAAGUUCUACAAGAACCGCGACCUCUGGGAGGCGCGCGAAUACCCAGCCCGCAUCUACGGGUGGAUAGCAUUCUGCACGGCCCAAGUGGUCGCCGAGAUCCCCAUGGCAGUUGUUUCGGCUGUCUUGUAUUUUUUGACGUGGUACUAUCCGACAAACUUGCCGCGAGACACAGACACGGCCGGCUACACUUUUUUCAUGUGUCUGUUGUUUUUUCUCUUUAUGUCCUCUUGGGGCCAGUGGAUCUGCGCCUUUGCACCGAGUUACACGACCAUCAGCAACAUUUUGCCGUUCUUCUUCGUCAUGUUUUCCGUGUUUAAUGGGAUCAUGAGACCGUACGGUCAACUUCCGGCCUUUUGGCGCGAUUGGGUCUAUUGGAUGAACCCGAGCACGUAUUGGAUUGGUGGUGUGUUGGAUGCUACCAUGGCGGAUUUACAGGUGCGCUGUCGCGACGAUGAGUACACGCUGUUUAAUGUGCCGGUGGCGUCGACUUGUUCCUCCUACGCCGCAGAUUUCAUCCGCUCCCAAGGCCACGGCUAUGUCGAUACGUUGCCAAAUGGUACAUGUGCAUAUUGCCCUUAUGCCUCGGGCCAAGAGUACCUUGCCACGAAUACCAACGGUGCGAUCAACAACCACAAGUGGAGGGAUUGUGGCCUGUUUGUGGUCUUUGUCGUCUCGAAUUGGGCGCUGGUCUAUUUCUUCAUUUAUACCGUCCGAGUCCGCGGGUGGUCGUUUGGGUUGGGGUCGUGUAUGCGUGGUCUGACUAAGAUGGGACGAUUCGUCACAAGGAGAACGAGGAAUUGAGUCUGUUGGUCCAAGUGAAACCAGGUUAUAUUAGUCAAGAGGGGAAAGAUAGAUAGACUGGCUGUUGGUAGUCGACAGCCAGCCCUGCGCCCAAGGACAGGCAGAAAAGAAAAAGAAUCAUAGACUCGAAUUAGAUCUACAACACAUAGAAAUUUGGUGGUGAGACAAUCUCUUGAAGAUAAGAUCCAAAGUCAACAGCAACCUGAAUUAAGAUAUCC